AUGGAGGUGCCCAACACCAAGCUCCACCGAGCUGCCUGCCUCCUGCUCCUGCUCCUGCUCUGCUCCCUGGCUGCUGCCCGGCACAGUCUGCCUGAGUGCUGCCGGCAGAAGACCUGCUCCUGCCACAUCUAUGACCUCCUGCAUGGCAUGGGCAACCAUGCCGCCGGCAUCCUCACGCUGGGCAAGAGGAAGAGUGUCCCCCCGGCAUUCCAGAGCCGGCUCUACCGCCUGCUGCACAGCUCUGGCAACCACGCUGCGGGCAUCCUCACCAUGGGCAAGCGUGGGGAGCGCCCUGGCACUGCCUGCCACGAUGCAUCGGGCUGCCCCAUGGGCGCAGAAACGCAGCCAGCGCUGAUGCUGCGGGGCACUGACACCAGCCCUGCCAGCCCCAGGGAGUGCCAGGGACACUCAGGGAAGGACUUGCCAGGGACACUGACCAAGAGCCAGGCCCAGGGAGCUGCUAAGAGCUUUUAUUGAGAGGGGUGGGGGCAGCAGGAG